AAACAGAAAAGCGACGACGACCGACGACGGAGCACCAAGCAAGCACGCACAGUAAUCCGUUCAAAAAUGCCGAGUCAAGAGGUCGUCACAACGAAAGUCGUGGUUCAUCCGCUGGUAUUGCUUAGCGUAGUGGACCACUUCAAUCGAAUGGGUAAGAUCGGGAACCAGAAGAGGGUUGUUGGUGUUUUACUCGGAAGCUGGAGAGCCAAAGGGGUCCUCGACGUGUCAAACAGUUUUGCAGUUCCUUUUGAUGAAGAUGAUAAAGAUAAAUCAGUGUGGUUCCUUGAUCACGAUUACUUGGAAAAUAUGUAUGGAAUGUUCAAAAAAGUCAAUGCUCGUGAAAAAGUUGUGGGAUGGUAUCACACAGGACCUAAGUUACACCAAAAUGAUGUUGCAAUAAACGAAUUAAUUAGAAGGUAUUGUCCAAAUUCAGUACUGAUUAUUAUAGAUGCUAAACCAAAAGAUCUUGGUCUUCCUACGGAAGCUUAUCAGGCAGUUGAAGAGGUCCAUGAUGAUGGUUCACCAACAUCAAAAACUUUUGAACAUAUUCCAAGUGAAAUAGGAGCUGAAGAGGCUGAAGAAGUAGGCGUGGAACAUUUAUUAAGAGAUAUUAAGGAUACAACUGUUGGUACUUUGAGUCAGAGAAUCACAAAUCAAUUGUUAGGUUUGAAAGGAUUACAUGCACAAAUUCAAGAGAUCAAAAAUUAUUUACUGAAGGUAGGAGAAGGUAAGCUGCCUAUCAACCAUCAAAUUGUUUACCAAUUGCAAGAUAUUUUCAAUUUACUGCCAGACAUGACUCAAAAUACAUUUGUUGAUUCUUUGUAUGUUAAAACAAACGAUCAAAUGUUGGUUGUUUAUCUUGCUGCAUUGGUAAGAUCUAUCAUUGCACUUCAUAAUCUGAUAAAUAACAAGUUAACAAACCGUGAUGCAGAAAAGAAGGAAACAGAUAAAAAAGAGACGAAAAAGGAGGAAAAGAAAGAUGACGAAAAAAAAGAUGAAAAGAAGGAUGAAAAGGAGAAAGCUAAAAAGUGAAGUGAGAGAUGUGUGAAAUGAUCUUUUUUUUUAAACCAACUUUACUCGCGAUUUGCAUAUUUUAAUGAACUGAUAACUAAAACAAAUAGUGCAAAUCCAUUGAAACUAGGAUUAAAACUUGUCACAAUAUUUGUACAGAUUAACGUUGUUUUUUUUACAAAAAACUAUGUUAUUCGCAGUGUAUUCUCGAAUGCAAACAAAUAUACGGUGCGAUUAAUGAAAUGAUCGAAAAAUAUAUUAUCGUAUAAUAAGUAUUCUGUGAGACUAAUAUUCACUAUUACACUAUGUACUAAACUAAAGAUAACUUGCUUUUGAACGAUAGAACUUUUUUUUGUGCUCACAACAGUAAAGAAGAUUGAUAUGCAUUUUUAAAUUUGUUUUUAUUCUUCAUUACAAUUAUUAUUUAACGUAUUUAUGAAUUAAGAACAAAGCAUUUUAUUACAUUAAUUGAAAAUAACAUGAUAUUUUAUGUCAUUCAUAGAACGACCAACUUCAAUGGGUUUUUCAACAGAUCAUAGCUUGUUAAACAUUGUUUUUAAAUCCGUGUUUUUUAGCGCUAUGGCUCCUGAAUUUUUUUCUUUUAAUUAUGCUAUACUGUAUAAUUUACAAUAAUUUAUAUAUGUAUUUUACUUUGUUAUAUUUAUCUAAGUAGAAUAUCUGAUAAAUGUUUUAAAUUAUUCAUUACUUAGGGCAUUUGACAUAUAGAUUGAAAAUCCUUUGAAAUCUGAAUAUUAAAUGCUUACAAGUUGA